GUGAGUUACAACAACUGUAGAUGGCUUCGUCAACGGACCAAAGCUCAGUGAAAACGAUGCCGUCUUCUCGAGGACUUGGAUCUAUUUCAGACCUCAAAAACCUCUUUCCUACGAAAACACACUUUUUGAUUUUCGUAGGGUACAUGGCCCUAUUUAUAAGCCAAGGCAUCCUUGUUACAGCAACUAAAGACAAAAGCAACCACUACUCUUAUAAUACUGUCACUGUGGUUCUACUGACGGAAUUCGUCAAACUCAUAAUUGCCGUAGGAAUUCAGCUUCAAACAUCUACCUUCGGGGAGUUCUUGCAGCAUGUCCGAUCUAAUGUUAAAGUGCUGGUACUUUAUGUGGUGCCUUCUUUCAUGUACUGUCUCUACAACAACUUGGCUUUUGUGAAUUUAGCCAACUAUGACCCAACAACUUACUACCUCCUGCUGCAGUUUAGAGUUGUGGUAACUGGAGUUAUCUUUCAGAUAUUGUUUAGUAAAAAGCUGAGUGGGCUUCAGUGGGUAUCUUUGCUGUUGCUAACAUCUGGUUGUAUCAUCAAGCAGAUCAAAUUUGAGAACCUUGCAGCAGGAAGUAGCUCUUUCUCCAUACAGUUUGACAUUCAUCUUCUGUUAAUCCUUGUCCAAGUGUUUUGUUCCUGUUUUGCUGGUGUUUAUAAUGAGUAUUUGUUAAAGGGUAAAGGUGGUGAUGUGCCAUUUAUGGUUCAGAAUUUUUUCAUGUAUGUAGACUCAGUCUUGUGUAAUUUUGCCGUUCUCUGGUACAAUGGCACAUUAUCUGAUGCAUUUACUGGAGAAAGCCUAGCAUCCAUUGCCAGAGGUAAAGUUUUGGCCAUUAUUUUCAAUAAUGCUGGCAUUGGCAUAACCACAGCAUUGUUCCUGAAGCAGCUGAAUUCUAUUCUUAAGACUUUUGCUAGUGCACUAGAGAUCAUGUUCACUGCUGUAUUGUGCUGGAUUAUCUUUGGAAUUCCAGUUGAUAUUUUCACGUUCGUUGCCAUUGCUAUUGUUUCUUACGCAGUAAUUCUUUAUGCUCAUAAUCCUGUAGAUAACACACCUAAGCCUGUAGAGGGCAAUCAGAAAUCAAACACUAGUGUUUAGAAGCUAAUUUCUUUUUAAAAUCACACACACAUACCUAAGAGAGGAAGAUACCCAAAGAAAUAAGUUUUGGCUGUAGGUAUUAGAUACCAGGAUAGUGGGUUACAGGU